UUUCGCGUUUGAUAUCGCGUGUCUCUAAACGCGACCAAUUUUCUUUCCGUAUACUUGCAAUCGCUUUAGACGUUAAAGUUUACUCGAAAUUACGUGUCUUGGAUCGAUCGUUGAAUUGCGCAGGGAGUAUUUUGGGGUCGAGCCGCAAAACAAUAAGUGCAAGUAUUGAAAUAAGUUUGCGACGACAAGCACGAGAGAAACUUAUUCGGUAGAUUCUUAAGGAAGAAUGAAUCGAGAAUUAGCCUUUCGUAAUCAUCGAUAUAAAUCCGAUGUUGACUACGUGGUGAAAGUGGCGAGAACGCUUUUGACGCCGAUUGGUAUCUGGCCACUCUAUCGAAGUGAUAGCUUGUCUGACAAGAUUAAAAUGUAUGCACAAAUCAGCCUGGUUUUUACCUUGAUGUGUUGCCUUUUGAUACCUCAUUUGAUCUAUACGUAUUUCGACGCGGAAAAAUUAACCAAAAUGAUGAAGGUUAUCGCAGCCCAGGUAUUUAGUACUCUAGCGAUCGUGAAAUUUUGGACGGUGAUUAUCAACAGAAAAGAGAUUGGAUAUUGUUUGCUGGAAAUGGAAAGGCAAUAUAAAGAUGUCGAGUGCGAGGAGGAUCGUUCGGUGAUGGUAAAGAGUGCCAAGAUCGGUAGACUCUUCACCAUCGCUUAUUUGAGUUUAUCCUACGGCGGGGCUCUACCCUAUCAUAUUAUUAUACCCUUGAUAGCCGAUCCAAUUGUGAAGGAUGAUAAUACGACGAUGUUACCUCUACCUUAUCUCAGUGAUUACAUUUUCUUCGUCGUUGAAACUUCCCCCAUUCUCGAGAUUUUUUUCGUCGGCCAAAUUUUUGUCAGUAGUCUCAUACUCUCGACAAAUUGUGGCGUUUACAGUCUUAUCGCAAGCUGCGUCAUGCAUGCCUGCUGUCUCUUCGAGGUCGUCCGUAGACAGAUCGACACGAUUUUUGAGUACGAAAAUGAAAGUCUACGUAAGAGAAUAUACAACAUCAUUGAUAAUCAUCUUCAAGCGAUCAGGUACGCCGAGAAGAUCGAACAGGCAUUAAAUAUCGUAUUUCUUUGUGAAAUGGUUGGCUGUACCAUUAUCAUAUGUUUCCUCGAGUUUGGUGUCCUUGUGGAUUUGGAAGAUAAAGAAACUCUGAGUAUGAUGACGUAUGGCGUACUGAUGACCUCGAUUUUCGUCAAUGUCUUUAUAAUAUCAUUUAUUGGUGAUCGCCUGAAAGAAGAGAGCGAGCUGGUCGGCGAAUCAACAUACUCGAUCGAAUGGUAUCGUCUUCCCAAUGCCAUUAUAAGUGACUUGGUAAUGAUAAUCAUACGUUCUAAUCGGCCAUCUCGUUUGACAGCCGGCAAGAUAUUUGAUUUAUCUCUUCAAGGUUUUUGUGACGUUUGCAAGACUUCAGCUGCCUACCUGAAUUUUCUUCGAACUAUGGUUGCAUAAGAUUCGCAAUAAAUUCUGGAAAAUGAAAAACAUCGAAAGGAUUUAAUAUCUUUUUUCUUUCUUCGAGUCUUACAAUUAAACGACGCAAUUAUCGUUCGACACAAAUAAAGGUGUCGUUCCGUUAAAUUUAUGUUCGUAUAAAUGUAAUACGUAUAUCCGAAUGAAUGGUAUAAGGGUUAAUAAAUAUAGAACAAUGGAAA